AUGAAUAAUCGUGAUAUUCUGUUAUAAGCACGCGAAGGGUAUGUAUCAUUAUUAUCUAGUCGAAAAUAAUCCGAAUAAUAACUCAGUCUCUUAAUGAAUAGAAUCAAUCUUCUUUAACAAAAUUAACUCAAAGUCAUUAGAAGAAUUAAAUUGUAAUAGAAGUCUGUUGAAAUGAAACAAUUCGCAUAAUCAGAACAUGAUUCAUUUAAUUAGAGUGUUAUAUACACAUUAUUAUGAUAGAGACUUGUUUAAAAUAUGCAAAAAUUAGAGAAAAUACAACAAACCUAACUUAUGGCCAAGACAAAAAAAAAUUAAAGUGAAGUAGGACGCAAAAAAACAUAAGAGCAAUAAAAGUGGAUUAAAUAAUAACAAACCUAGAAUUUGAAAAUUAAGUAACUUGAAUUAGAAAGACAAAUAUAGUAAUAAAGAGAAUCAGAACUUAUUAAAAAUGUUGUCAGAUAUAAAAAACUCAAAUAAGAAAGAGCAAAAUCACAACUUAGAAUGAGAGUUAGAUAAAAAUCAAAUGAAGAACUUAGAAAUAAGGAGUAUUCUUAAUUAUUAGAAGUUGAAUGUCAAAAAAGAAUAUAAACAGAACAAUCUAUUCGUAAACUUGAAUAAAAAGAAUAAUUACUGAUUUCAGAACUUUAAACAUCUUAAUAGUUGAGUUCCACAUACUCUCGUUAAUUAGUAUUAUUAUUAAUCUAUUUUUUAGGACCCAAGAAAUAUUACAAAAAUUAGAGCAAAGUCGUAUUAUUUACAAUGAAAC